AUGAUCAAGGUUCCUGAAGGACCAGACAACUUAUUCUUUAGAUCAAAUGUAAUGACUAUUUUCCAUGUAAUAACUAAGACUAAGAUCAGAGAUAUUAAUAGUAUAAAACAGUAAAUAUUGAGAAACACGCAAGGAUUACCAGAAAUGAGAUCUAAAUUAAUUAAAGUGUUCAAUAACUUCUACUACAAAAAGUUAAGCGAUGAGGAAUUUGAGAAACAUUUGGAUAGGGCCAUUUCGCAGAUUCCUCAUGAUUUUAAAAAUGAAUAAGAACUAAUAGACUAUAUUGCCGCUAAUUAAAUCAAAGAUCUACCGAGAGAAUCAAUCUAGUAUAGAAUUAUGGUAAAGCUUGAUUUUAAUUCAGAAUAAUCAGCAGUAGUACUUGUGUAUUCUCAUGGCAUGUCAGAUGGAGUGGGAACUAUGAACAUGUUUUGUGCCUUACAAGAUGAAUUUGAUCCUUCGAAUCUACCAUAUGUAAGAUAAAGAUCUCUCUAAGAGAGCAUCAAAAGAUAUGCUGCAUGCAUUAUCGGGAUUUAUUUUCAUUUAAAAAACUAUCCUCAAAAGUAUCGUGACUCAGAAUUAAGUUAGAGAGUUGAGAAGUAAAAAACUUAGAUAACUAUUUCCAAAGAUAUGAAAAUUGAUGAACUCAAGUAGAAAAUAUGCAGGAGGUUUGGAUGUUCUAUCAAUGAUUUGCUUAUAGCAGCAAGUAUUUUAUCUAUGAGAGAUUACUGCUUAGCUAAUAAUAUAAAAGAUUAUAAAAUAUUCGAAGGAUUUAUGGCUGUUAAUUAGCGAUCUCAAGUCGUAAAAAAAUCUGAUUUUAGACUCUUCAAUAGAACAUUUGCUCAUUAAAUAAGAAUUAAUAUUGAGAGCAUAUUUAGCUUCAAAGUUACAAAUCUUUGCUUAGAAUAGCAAUUUAAAGAGACUUUGAGGGUAUUUACAGAUUAAAUAUAGUGCAUAAAGACAAAUGAUCUUGGUUUAAGUGAAUUUACAGCAAUGAGGAAUAUUGCAUAUCUUUUACCUGACAUAGUCAUCGAAAAAAGAAUGGAUAAGUUCGUUACUUGCUAAUUUUAGGAAAACUUGGUCUAAUCUUAAUGGUUCUCCUAAACCAUUGAUUAUUGGAGGGGCUUCUACAGAUAGGAUGAUGUUUUCAUCUUAUGGUGA